AACUUUGUUCUUAAUAGACCUGUGAACAUCAAGAAAGGAGGGAUGAAGCUGCAACUUUUCAUUGUUACUGUCCUGCAGUAUUUGGUCCUAACCAAUCAAGAAGAUGGAGAAACACAGGCUACGGUAUCAGGUGCCGAUUUCACUGAUGACUUUGAUUUUGACACGUUUCAAUUCUUCUACAAUUCAUCAGUUCCCAUGGAUGAGAAUUCAACUGCUUCUCCUUGCAGCGUAAUUGUGCCUGGUUUGAGCAGCUUGGGCCUGAUGAUCACCUACAUCAUCGUGUUUGUCUUCAGCUUGGUAGGCAACAGUGUAGUUGUCUAUGUUGUUUUCUAUAUGAAGAAAGGUAGAGCCAGCACAGAUAUCUACUUAAUGCACCUGGCUAUGGCAGACCUUCUCUUCUGUUUUACCCUCCCGUUCUGGGCUGUCAAUUCUCAUUCUGGUUGGGUCUUUGGCAACUUCUUGUGCAAGCUGCUGUCAGGCUUUCAGGAGGCAGCGGUAUACAGUGGUGUUUUCCUGCUAGCAUGCAUCAGUGUGGACCGCUACUUUGCCAUUGUGAGAGCUACACGUGUCUUCUCCUCCCAUCAUCUGUUGGCGAACACGGUGUGUGGUAUAGGGUGGCUAGUGGCUGGGAUAUUGUCCCUACCCGUGGCAAUUCAGAGGGAGAGCAUCGGUACUGAAGAUCUAGGAAAGACCAUUUGCUAUGAAAACCUAACUGGUGAAAGCAGUGACCACUGGCGUGUUGGCCUCCGUGUUCUGCGCCAUACGGUGGGCUUUUUCCUGCCACUGCUGGUGAUGGUCAUCUGCUAUGGCUGGGCAGUGGUGACCCUGUUCCACACACGUAAUCUACAAAAGCAUAAGGCCAUGCGAGUCAUCAUGGCAGUGGUGCUGGGAUUUGUUCUAUGCUGGCUGCCUUAUAACAUUACUAUACUGAUUGACACACUCAUACGAGGUGGGUCAAUUGAAGUGAAGACGUGUGAAACUCAUGACAGAGUAGAAGCAGCGCUCAAUGUGACCCAAGUGUUUGCUUUCAUGCACUGUGCAGUCAAUCCACUUCUGUACGCCUUCAUUGGGGUGAAGUUCCGUAACCAGCUGCUCUUUGCUCUCUACAAACACGGGGUCAUCAGCAAGAGGCUCCGGAUGGCACACACAAGGGGCUCUAUGAACAGUAUUGGGAGCAUCCGAUCUAGAAACACCUCUGUUACAAUGUGA